UGCAGGGGAGGGGCCGUGUAGCCAGAGCUGGGCAUACAUUCACCGGGAAGCAUCGUAGCCACGAGCCAGCUUCCACCGGGACAACGAGAUGGUCGCGAUGCAGGCGUCCCCUAAUGUGUGUCCUUCGGAGUGGAUCUGCUGUCUGGACAAGAGGCCGUCGGAGCGCUCAGGAGAGGAUGUGGAUAUUAUUCUGACCAGAUUGAGAGAGGUCAAAGCCUUCCACAAGUUUCCACCUCCCCUCUUGCUGCAGAUUUGCACCUGUGCCUUCUAUGAAUGUCUGGAGAAAGGCAUCACAUUGUUUCGACAGGGAGACAUCGGCACCAGCUGGUACGCUGUUCUGUCUGGCUCUCUUGAUGUCAAAGUGUCUGAAACUGCCAACCACCAGGAUGCAGUCACCAUCUGUACGCUGGGGAUCGGGACAGCCUUUGGGGAGUCCAUCUUGGACAACACGCCGCGUCACGCCACCAUCGUCAGCAGAGAGACCAGUGAACUGCUCCGCAUCGAACAGAGGGAGUUCAAGAGCCUGUGGGAGAAGCAUCGGCAAAGCCUUGCUGGACUGUUGGCCCCCCCUUAUGGAGCCAUGGAGAGUGGAUCCAACAAUGACCGACUCACAGACAAAAACAACAUGAACUCAGAUUCUGUCAGCAAGACUCACAACAAGAUUCCCUCGGAGAAACUACAGAGAGCCGGAAAGGUUCUCCGCAACGCCAUCCUGUCCAGAGCCCCCCACAUGAUCCGAGACAGGAAAUACCACCUCAAGACUUACAGACAGUGCUGUGUGGGCACAGAGCUGGUGGACUGGCUUGUGCUGCAGAGUGCAUGUGUUCUCACUCGCUCACAUGCUGUUGGCAUGUGGCAGGCAUUGCUGGAAGACCAGGUGCUCAAUCAUGUGGACCAGGAGCUGGGUUUCCAGGACAAGUAUCUGUUCUACCGCUUUCUGGAUGACGAGGAGGAGGACACGCCGCUGCCUAGUGAGGAGGAGAAGCGAGAGAGUGAGGAGGAACUGCCGGAGACCAUUCUCUUCCUGGCUCAGAUGGGCCCCGAUGCACUGCUGCGCAUGAUCCUCAGAAAAUCGCCUGGUCAGAGGACGGGGGACGACCUGGAGAUCAUUUAUGACGAGCUGCUUCACAUCAAGGCCUUAGCUCACCUCUCCAACACUGUGAAGAGGGAACUGGCGAGCGUUGUCAUCUUCGAAUCACACGCCAGAGCUGGAACUGUGUUGUUCAACCAAGGAGAAGAGGGCACAUCGUGGUACAUCAUCCAGAAGGGCUCAGUCAACGUGGUGAUCUAUGGCAAGGGGGUGGUGUGUACGCUCCAUGAGGGAGAUGACUUUGGAAAGUUGGCCCUGGUCACAGACUCACCACGUGCCGCCUCCAUCGUGCUAAGAGAGGACAAUUGUCACUUUCUUCGCGUAGACAAGGAGGAUUUCAACAGGAUACUCAGGGACGUGGAGGCCAACACGGUGCGCUUGAAAGAACACGAACAAGCUGUGCUGGUGUUGGAGAAGAGUCCUCGUGCCUCCACUUUGGGUAGCAUCAAGUACACUGUAAUCUCAGGGGCUCCAGAGAAGAUUCUUGAACACUUUCUGGAGACCAUGAGAAUGGACAUACAUCACAGUGAACCAGACCCAGCAGUGGAUGACUUUGUCCUAAUGCACUGUGUCUUCAUGCCCAACAGCCAGCUGUGCCCUCUACUUAUGGCACACUACCACGCCGCCUCCCCGCCCGGCUCUGAACAGGAGCGAUUGGAGCAGGCACUUAACUGCAAGAGGAGGGCUCUGAUUCUGGCCCUGCGCUGGGCCAACACACACACCUUUCUCCUGCAGGAGGAGCCUGCUGCCACUUCCUUCCUUGAGGAGCUGUUAGGCAGCGUGUCUAACGAUUCUCGGAUACUCCGAGCAUUGAAAGACUUUGUUCCCGACCUGGAGAACCUUGUCAAACUACAUUCGGAAGAAGCAAAGUCUGCAAAGAAGAAGACUUUAAUACGGCAAUUCAGCAACGGUGAGGAGAGGCUCCAAAAGAAACAAGCAAUCAGGAAUGAAGAUGACAUCCUGUUGAAGGUGUACUGCAGUGACCACACUUACACCACCAUUCGAGUCACGGUGACAGCGACAGGCAGAGAAGUGAUCAGUGCUGUGGCCGACAAACUGGGCUCCACCGAGGAGCUGGUGCUGGUCCACCUCAGCUCUGCUGGCGAAAAAGUCAUCCUGAAGCCGAAUGAUGUGUCAGUGUUUUCCACCCUGAGCAUCAACGGACGAUUAUUUGCUUGUGCACGCGAACAACUCAGCAGUCUGACUCCUCUUCCAGACCAGGAGGGACCCACUGCAGGUUCUAUGUCCACUUUUGAGUUGAUGAGUUCCAAGGACCUGGCCUAUCAAAUGACAAUGUUUGACUGGGAACUCUUCAGCUGUGUGCACGAGCACGAGCUCCUCUAUCACACCUUUGGCCGCCAUAACUUUAGAAGAACCACGGCCAACCUCGACCUGUUCCUGCGAAGGUUCAACCAGGUCCAGCUUUGGGUGGUCACAGAAGUGUGCCUGUGUGGACAGCUCAGUAAGAGGGUUCAGCUCCUCAAGAAGUUCAUCAAGAUCGCUGCACAUUGUCGUGAGUUCAAGAACCUGAAUUCCUUCUUUGCCAUCAUCAUGGGCAUGAGCAACCCUGCUGUGAGCAGACUGAGUCAGACGUGGGAGAAACUACCGACCAAGUUUAAGAAGUUCUACGCGGAGUUUGAGAGCAUGAUGGACCCAUCUCGGAACCAUAGAUCCUACCGACUUACUGUUACCAAGCUGGAACCACCAAUCAUCCCCUUUAUGCCCCUCCUCCUCAAAGAUAUGACUUUCACACAUGAAGGAAACAAGACAUUCAUUGACAGCAUGGUCAAUUUUGAGAAAAUGCGCAUUAUAGCCAACACCAUUCGACAAGUGAGGCACUGUCGAAGCCAGCCUUUCAAUCCCGACAUCUGCCAACCCAACAAGAACCAGGCAGAGGUCAGAGGUUACGUCAGGAAGCUGUGCGUGAUCGACAACCAGCGGGCGCUGACUCAGCUCUCCUACAGGCUGGAGCCUCGCCGGACUUGAGAUUACACCACCCUCGCCAGCUGAUGGACGCUAAGUAGCAACACACACUGAGAAGGAUGCUAAAGGCCUCUUCCUGUCGCCCUCAGAAUGAGUAGUAGCUGUUUCUGUUCUGGGAACUGUUAGUUCAGAGUGUAGAACUUGAAUCAAUAUCCUGCAUGACUUCAUCUUCUAAACUGUGGAUUUCUAUCAGUCACACAAGAACUAAUCUCUCAUAGACUGGAAGACACACAAUUAUUGACUCAUUAGGAGACGCUUCAAACUUCAUGACCAAGUCUUUUUAGUUGAAACCUGAUUGGACGACUCUGAGUGUCCAAGCGAUGUUGCUUAGAGCUGU